CACUCACCUUUUCUUCUCUUCUCUCUGUUUAUCUCAUCUUAAAAUUCAUGUAAAAAAAAAAAAAAAAAUCACUUCUUCGAAUCUCCACAUCUACAAAUCACAGAGAAAACAGAGAGAAGAAGAUGGCGCGAAAAUACUUUCAGAGAGAAGUUUUGCCGGUAACGGCGUUAGUGAUAAUGGAAUGUGCAAACGUUGGUUUAAACACUCUGUUUAAAGCAGCAACUUUGAAAGGCAUGAGCUUUCAUGUCUUCAUCGUUUACUCUUAUGGUCUCGCUGCUCUGCUUCUUCUUCCUUCUCUGUUUUGCUCUUUCAGAUCCAGAACUCUUCCACCGAUGAAUUUUUCGAUUCUCUACAAAAUUGUGCUUUUAGGGAUUAUUGGAUGCUGUUCAAACAUAAUGGGAUACACAGGGAUAAAUUAUAGUUCUCCAACACUUGCUUCUGCAAUCAGCAACCUCACUCCUGCUUUCACCUUCUUGCUUGCCGUCGUUUUCAGGAUGGAGAGUGUGUCUUUCAAGAGAACAAGUAGUGUAGCUAAAAUGUUAGGAACCGUUGUUUCUAUUGGAGGUGCAUUUAUAGUGACUCUUUAUAAUGGUCCUGUUGUGAUUGCUACGUCGCCACCGUCUGUUUCUUUGCGAUCGCAAUCGACUAACCCUAAUUGGAUACUUGGUGCGGCUUUCCUUUCGGUUGAGUAUUUCUGUGUUCCAUUGUGGUACAUUGUUCAGACUCAAAUCAUGAGAGAGUAUCCGGCCGAGUUUACCGUUGUUUGCUUUUAUAGCAUAGGUGUUAGCUUUUGGACCGCGCUCGUCACAUUGUUCACUGAAGGGAGUGACUUGGGUGCAUGGAAGAUAAAACCGAAUAUAGCUUUAGUGUCGAUCGUUUGCUCGGGAUUGUUUGGAUCUUGCAUAAACAAUACUAUCCACACGUGGGCAUUGCGGAUCAAGGGGCCUUUAUUUGUUGCAAUGUUCAAGCCAUUGUCGAUUGCGAUUGCUGUUGCAAUGGGCGUUAUCUUCCUCCGGGAUUCUCUCUAUAUCGGCAGCUUGAUCGGGGCAACGGUAAUAACAAUCGGGUUUUACACGGUGAUGUGGGGCAAAGCAAAGGAAGUGGCCUUGGUCGAAGAUGACAACAAGGCUAACCACGAGGAGGCCAACGAAGCUGACCUUGAUUCUCCAUCGGGUUCACAGAAGGCUCCUCUCUUGGAAAGUUACAAGAACGAUGAACAUGUCUGAGUAUCAUCAACUAGUGAAGAUCACGCUAUAUAUAUGUGUGUGGAAAUUUCAUAUGUGAAUUGUCUUUGUAAUUUAUUUGACGAGACAAAUGUGAUCUUUAAGUUUAGGAAUCAUGUGUUUUCUAAUCACAAUCUUAUAAUCUAGGAUAUCUAACAAGUCCGUUUUUUAAUCCUUUUUUCUUAGUCCUUUACAUGAUUAUACUAGAAUGAUUCUACUAUCCUUGAGUAUGACUGGUUCUUCAUUAAAGAACCUCUUUACAU